AUGCUAGUUUAAUAUCAACUCAAAACCUCUAAUAUACCUAAAGAUGUGAAUUUAAGUUCAAAUAAUCAUUCACUUCAAUUAAAUAAAGUGAACAAGAAUAAAUUUACAUCUUAAUUCAUUAUCUAAAAUAAUGACAUUAUUACAUACACUUUUGAUAAUAACAACAAAUUUGAGAGGAAAAUAAGUUUUGAAAAAGAUUCUUACAUAAUUAUUAGUAUUAAUCUAAUCAUUAAAUUAGAUGACAAUCUAGAGAAGAUUUAAGUUACCUCUGGUUAAAAGUAAAUCACUUUUGCUUUAAAUAAACUAGUUAUUUGGCCAUAUGUUCCAUGUGUUUUAGGUAGUAUUCCAGAAUUAGGGGAAUGGAAUCCUUUGAAUGCUAAGAUAAUGAGUUUAAAUGGAAAUACUUGGUAUCUUACGAUUUCUGUUUCUAAAUCAUUUGAAUACAAAUUUGUAAUCACAAAAAUGUUUAGUAAUGAAAUAUGUUGGGAAUAGACACCAAACAGAAAUUAUAAUAUAUUAAGUUCUCCAUAAUCAGUUGAAUUGAAAGCAGAAUGGGAAAGGAACACUGAUUAAAAGGUACUUGGAAAAGUUCCUAGAUUUAUUCAUUUAUCAAUCAACUAUAAAACCAAUUCAUAUAAUGAUUAUUUAGUGGUUGUGGGUAGUACAGAAUAAUUUGGUAAAUGGAAUCCUAAAAAAGGUAGAUUAAUGAAAAGAUAUCUUGAUUAUAAUUGGAAAUUAGGUAUUAUGAUUUAAGAUGAUGAAUUGGAAUAUAAAUUUGUUGUUGUAAGUGGUGAUAAUUGUAUUUGGGAAGAUGGUUGUAAUAGAGAAUUGGAAUUAGAUGAAAGAACAUAUUCUGAUAUAAGUUUAAAUUUUAGUAUAUUAUCUAGCGGCAUUUUGGAAUUAUUAAUAAAAUAGUAAAAUAAAUUUGAGAGAAUACAAUACGGAAUGUCCUGUUUGUAGUUAAGAAAUGAAUGAAGCUAAUGUUGUAAUUGGAUAAUUAUGUGGACAUCUAAUAUGCAGUCAUUGCAAUAGUUCAAUGUCUCAAAGGUAGUACAUAUAAGUAAAGUGUCCAUUAUGUCGUAAAGCAUUUUUGAUUUGA